AUGGCGAAGGCCAGCCCGUCACCGUCACCGUCAGAAGCCCCAGCCCCCAUCCUUCGCCGCAUCGAGCGUAGCCGGCCGGACAAAGAGCGGCGUGCUUUUGUCCACCCCGCCGACGUUUUCUUGCCUGGGAGACCAUCCGCCGCAUCCGGCUGGGGAGCCAUCCUCCUCCUGCGCGCCCGUGACAGUCGUGCCAUCGGCGGUGCAAGCUCGUUGGCCGCCGGCCCGGGCGAUAUAUCUCAGGCGUGUCCAGGUGGCAUGCGCUGCGAGGAGGGCGCUGCGAGACUCUUGAACCGAUUCGACGCUCCCGCAACGACUCGUGGGCCUGUUCGAGCUGCUGCACCACCAGCCGUAUGGGGCCGGGAAAUCGAGAAGCGAUAG